AGUAAAUUCAAUACUGAUUAAUAUUCGUUUUAAAAAAUUGAACGUCUCAUAUUUAAUAAAAUUUGCAUUAAUGUGUCUCUUCUAACGUGCGGUAAUAGAUCGGAAGUAUAUAGAACACCCACUGAAGCCAGCUCCGUCACCCAUCAACACGAUCCGUAAAUUCACAUCCAGCUCCUCCUUGAAUCAAUACAACGGCUCUUCUUCUGCUGUACAACAGAGUACAAAUUACUCUUCCACCAGCCAGGUCAACAUUCACAAUUCAAGCUCCAUCAACUCUACCAGUACCAGCAAUAAAAAGAAAUAUAACAGCAACAGUUUAAAUACGUUAGGAAGUCCAUCUAGAUCUCGCAGCGCUACCAAAGAGCUAAUUUUGCCUCCUGAUGAUGCACUUAUGUGUAAGCCCGUGUUCACGAAGUUGCUACAAGAUCUUUCUAUAAAUGACGGUGAUAAGUUGUUUUUAGCUUGUCAUGUUAAAGGAGACCCUGAGCCACAGAUAACGUGGGCUAAAAACGGCAAGCUUAUUUCAUCAUCAGAUAUUAUGGACUUAAAAUACAAAAAUGGGGUAGCAACGCUUACUAUACAUGAAAUUUUCCCAGAAGAUGAAGGCAUAUUUACAUGCACUGCUACGAAUUCUAUUAGCGCUGUUGAAACUAAAUGCAAGUUAACUGUUAAACCUUUAGAUAAAAAUGCCAGUAAACGACAGAUAAGCAGUUCCAAACCACCAAAAAUUGUUAGCCACCUGGAGUCACGUUUUGUGAAAGAUGGUGAGAUGGUAACACUAGCAUGCCGUAUUAUAGGCGCUGAACAUUUCGACGUAGUUUGGCUGCACAACAACAAGGAGAUCAAACCAAGCAAAGACUUCCAAUACACCAACGAGGCUAAUAUUUAUAAGUUACAAAUAGCUGAAAUAUUUCCAGAAGAUGGCGGGACGUACACAUGUGAGGCAUUCAACGAUGUAGGCGAAUCGUUUAGCACUUGCACUAUAAACGUACUCGUACCUGGCGAAGAACCCAAGCAACCCAUAUUUGUAAAGUUUCCAAGUUCAGUAACAGUUCCGGUAGGUGAAAGAUGUGAUUUCGUUUGUGAAACCCAGGUUGAGCCAUUACAGAUAACAUGGCUCAAGGAUGGCAAGCCAAUAAAUGAAAACAGCACAAAGUAUAGCUUCAUCAAAGACGGUAAUCGUUAUAAAUUUGUUCUUGAAAAUUGUUCCAUGGAUGACGUGGGUCAAUAUCAAGCAAAAGCAAUUGGUAAAAAGAGUGAGACUUUCAGUGCUUUCUCUAUUAAUGUCGACUGAAUAAAAAUCAAUAAAAAUGUAACUAAUUACCUAGUUUUAGAAAGAAACGAAAACUAAAAAUAUAAACCGAAAUGUUAGUUCAAAUAAGUAUAUUUAUCAUAUAAAUCACUCUCUUUUUCCAUCGCAACCACGUAACAAUGUUUGAUAAAUAUCGACUUACUUCUGGUAUUUUAAAAAACUUCCAAUACCUACUUACAUAUGUCUAAGAUGCACAUCUGUAGUACAUACGUAUACUUUUACGUAAAUACAUAAGUAUGUAUAUCAUGGCGAUAAUGGAACUAACAUUGCUCCGAACAAGCAAAUUAUUAUGUAUUUAUAUUUACAAACAUAUAUAAAUAGCACAAUAAUAAUUUAACGAUGCUAAAAGAUGUAUACACUGCCCUAUUCGAAAAUUAAUUUAUUAUGUAUUUGGCAUCCUCGAACGAAAAAAACACUUUAACAACUGUGAGAAUAAAAUCUAACUGCGUAAUAAUUAUAUUAAUUGGCAUAUCAGGUUACCUACAUAAGAUCUAAUAUAAACAUUAUAUAUGUACUUGUAUAUAUAAUUAUACACUGUCAUAUACGUGUACUAUAUAUUUACAUACAUAUAUGCGCAUUAUCUUGCAACCUAUAUACAUAUAUAGAUAUGUAUUUGCUUACUCUUACAACUUUUCCAAGACAGUGAUUAACUUAGUUAAACUCUAGAAUGUUUUUAUGAAAAUCAGGUUGUAUGCUGAAUUGCUUUACAUGCUUAAUAUAUUUAGUUUUUAAAUCUAUAUAUUUUGUUUGACUUACGCUUUAGGUAUGCUCUUAAAAAUUUAAGCUAAUUAAAAUAAAUGGGGAAACAACACAAAA